UAUAACUUCCACUCUCUUGGGAGUUACUGCCAUACUCCUGUUAACUCAUCCACUGCUCUUUACUUUACUGGUGUGAACUGUGGUGAUGCUGUCUGCUUACCCAGCCAAAACAGAACGUGGCUUCUGGACAACUUGCCAGAGACUUGCAGUAAACAUUCCAGCUACCAAUCAUCCAGUUGUGUGCCCAAAACCUGUGAAAUUUCUGGCUACUCUUCCACUACGUACUGUGUCUCCAGGCCCUGCAGAGCAACCAGUUGUUUUCCCAUCAAUUCUUACCUCUCCAGUUCCCGUCAACCAUCAAUGUGUAACAGACCUCAGAACUAUUUGUCCAGUAGUUGCUGUUCCCAGAACCACCACUCAUAUCGCUGUCAGCAGCAGAGCUUCAUCUUCUGUGGGUAUCAACCACUGAAUUUUGCAUCCAGCACCUGCCAUCCUUUGAGAUAUCUCUCCUAUGACUGUCAAUCUCUAGAUUAUGUGUCCAGAAACUUCAGACCCCUGGACCAUGUGUCUCAUAGUUUUCAAUUUGUUCCGUACAGAUACGGCAGUUUCCAACCAGCUUGUUUUUCUGUUGGUACUUGGCAAUCUCCACUUAUUAGAAGAUCAUGCUGA